AUGCCGCCGGCGGUACUUGGAGCGAAUGGGUUGCCCAGAAUAGCUGCCCCGAUUUUUGCGGUGCUUGUGGCAAUAUCACGAAAACGAGGACUUGCGCAAGUUUGCCAUCAUGUCCUUGCAGUGGCGAUUCCACCAAGACUGUCCUGCUGCCCGGGGCGCUCGCUGGGGACCUGGAAUGACAUCAACUCUUGUGGACCGGCAAUCUCGCCUGAGGAUCCGAUGGCGGUGAACAAUUGCAGUACGACGUGUUGUCCAGCUGAGGGUAUCUGGAGCGAGUGGGUCUCGACUGGCAGUCUGCAGAAAGGGGGCGACGGCAAGAACCUGACGUGUGGGAUGUGCGCGACGCAGAUGCAGAAGAGGAAAUGUUUGUCGGAGAGUUACGGAUGUUCUUGCGUUGGCUUGACAACGCAGAGUCUGGCGUCAUCGUCGGACCUCUGUGUCUUCCCGUAUGCAACGUGUUGCGCGCCCUACGUGAAGAAGUUGGACGUCGCGGCAAAGAAGUAUAGCUGUCAAUCCACAACAACAGUUCCGGCUAUAAAGACGACGACGUGUUGUCCUCCAGAUGGCAACGGGCUCUGGAACGACUGGGGCUCGUGGGCGAGCUGCUCGGCGACGUGCGGGCUUUGUGGAACUCAAUCGCGAACGAGAACCUGUGCAUCUGCAGCCUAUGGGUGUCCGUGCAGUGGCACCUCCACCCAGUCCCAAAAGUGCGGAAAUCCAGCGUGUACCGGUACUGCUUGUUGUGGGGCGACGUACCAGGCUGUCAGUUAUGACGGAACGCUCUUUUGCCAGGAGACACAGCCAGCACCUGCCGUCGGUACUUGGCAAGCCUGGUUCACCACGGCAACUUGCAAUGACACUUGUGGAAUGUGUGGCAGAGAGAUGCAGGCGAGAUAUUGUUGGCCGCCUGGCACGACUUGCACUGGCCCCUUCACGCAAGAAGUCCCUUGCAACGAUACGCUUUGCGUGUUCCCGAGAAGCACCUGUUGCUCACCGUUUGUAAAGAAGUUGAGCACGGCCAAGAAAAUGUACACUUGCCAA